AUGCCUGGUUUUGAUAAUAACUUUGCCGUGAUGGGAGAGUGGUUAGACCCUAGUCCUAACCACAAGAAGAGAUCCAAAGCGGAACUUGAAAGAGAGGUCUAUUUAGAAGACAUUAAGAAUAAGGGCUUUCUGCAUGCAAGCUUUCAAGAGAAACCGUGCUACUCAAGCAAUGGUCUUAGUGAGAGGAUUGCUGCGAGAACCGGGUUUAAAGUACAAAGGUUAAAGACUGAGAGUAUUUUUCCAUCUCGUUGUUUAGCCAUCUCUUCUCCUGCUGUUAGCCCAGCAACUCUACUAGAGUCUCCUGUUUUCCUCUCAAACCCUUUGACAUCUCCAACAACAGGAAAGCUCUCAUCACUACCUUCAGAUAAAGCUAAAGAUGAGUUCAAUGACGAAAUUGCCACAUCCUUAGCCUUGAGCCUCGAUCCGACUACAAACAUCGGUUCAGAACCCGAUGAUUCACAAGCCUAUGAGCAAGCACAUGACAGCGAUUUAGGAGACUCGAUGCCUAGUGGUUCACCUGAGGAUGAUGGAUACAACUGGAGGAAAUACGGACAGAAGCUAGUUAAAGGAAGCGAGUAUCCACGUAGCUAUUACAAGUGUACACACCCCAACUGUGAGGUCAAGAAGAAGGUUGAACGGUCCCGGGAAGGUCAUAUUACUGAGAUCAUAUACGUGAAAGCUCAUAAUCACCUUAAACCUCCAACUAAAAGCCGUUCAGUCACUGGACUAUCGGGAACAAGCAAUGACAUGCAAAUAGAUGGAACUGGAACCAAUGAGAACUUACAAUGGACAUCACCUGUUUCUGAAGAGGUCGGAUACGGAAGCCAUUCUGGAUCAAUGCAGGUUCAAAGCGGGGCUCAGUUCGGGUAUGGUGGUGUAGCAACCGAUGCCUUCUCUAAAGAUGAAGAAGAUCGCACGUCCUACAUGAGUGUCUCUCUGGGUUACCACGGACAAAUAGAUGAAUCCGAGCCAAAGAGGAGAAAACUGGAAACGAGUGGAUCAACCCGAGGAACCCGUGAGCCAAAAGUCGUGGUGAAGACCACAAGUGACAUUGACAUCCUCGAAGAUGGCUAUCGCUGGCGCAAGUAUGGGCAAAAAGUCGUCAAAGGAAACCCGAAUCCAAGAAGCUACUAUAAAUGCACAGCUAAUGGAUGUAACGUAACUAAGCAUGUGGAGAGAGCUUCUGAUGACCUCACGUCCGUACUAACCACUUACAUAGGCAAACACAAUCAUGCAGUACCAGCAGCACGUAACAGCAACCGACAUGUGAACUAUCCAAUGCCACACAGUAGUUCUGAGGAACUGGUCACAGCCAACUCAUCACUACAUGACUUCCAGCCAUACCUGAGGUCUCCUUCAGGUUUCUCGGUUUACUAUGUAGGCGAAACAGAGCUUACAGAUAUUUCAAUGUCUGGUUUACCUAUUGAGCAAGAGAGGUUUCUCGGCCUGGAAGCGCUUGCCAUUGGUGAUCCAGAUGGGCUGAUGUUGCAGUUAGCAGCAGAGCCGAAGGUGGAACAAGUGUCACAACAGGAACUAGGAUUGUCAAGGAGCUCAUUGAUAGAUAUAAUGAGUAGAUUACCACAAAUAUGA